AUGGCACGCCGGCCGAGGCGAGCCCCCCUGCUGCUGGCGCUCACGGCGUGGCACGGACGGGCGGUGCGGGGCCCAGGGGAGCCCCCGGGGCUGGGCGGCGGCCUGGACGACGCCGAGGCGGUGGAGCUGCGGAUCUCGGCCAGCGGCCUGGGGUUCCUGGAGGAGCUCCAGGGGACGCCAGAGCUGCUGGCGCGCGUGCACCGCGUGCGGCUGGGCGUGCCGCCCGGCGCGCCCAGUGCCGCGUGGCUGCCGGAGGUGCUGCCCCGGCUGCAGCUGCUGGGGUACUCCCUGCGCUGGGACCUGGACUCGGCGCCGGCAGGAGCCGGCGUGUACCCCGUCGAGCGCGGAUGCCACCUGUACGGUGCCGACAGCGCGCCGCCCGACGCCGCCUGCUUCUUCCAGCGGACCACGUCGAGGCCAGCCACGGCGCUGGCCGACAUCUUCCUGCGGCGGCCCGUCGAGGUCCUGCGCCUCUCGGAGGGGCUGGAGGGCGAGGUCUCCAGGCAGUUCGGCUUCCUCUGGCGGUCGCACCUGGAAGCCUGUGGCGCGCCGCCCGACAAGGCUUUCGCGUGCCUCAUGCAUCAGAUGGCGUCGCCCAUGACCGGGACGAUGCAAGCCGCCGUCCUCGUGUUCGAGGCCCGCGCGACCGACUCCGUCAGGGAGGCGGCUGAAAGCUUCGGGACAGCGGUCUCAGCAGCGUGGGAGAUGCUUCGGGCUGAUAGCUGGCAGCGCACACACGAGGCCGGGGCGGCAUGCCUGCUCUUCACCGUCCUCGUGGAGCAGGCCUGCCGCCUGUGGCCCCAAGCCUGCGAUCCUGAGAGGGUGGAGCUGGGACCGCCCGCCGACGCGGGCGUGGACAGUCCUCCUGGCGAGGGAUCUGGCCAGCUGUGCAGUUCCCUGGACAGCUGCUUCGACAUCUUCAUGGCCCGCGCCAACGGGCCGCUGGACGUGGCCGUUAACCCUGAUCUCUUUGUGAACCUUUUCCGGAGCGCACAGCGCUUGACCGCCCCGCCCUGUGUGCCCCGAGCGUGGAACCUGGACCUGAGCGGGCCCGAUGGCCAGCCUCUCCCGAGCACAAGGAGCUCUGACGGCGUCUACCACACAACCGUGCUCGGCGUCGACUCGAUGGCCUGUCGCGCGCGAGUGUGUGUGUGUGUUUUGUGUGUGUGUGUGUGUGUGUGUGUGUGCGUGUGCGUGUGCGUGUGCGUGUGCGCGUGCGCGUGCGUGCGCGUGUGCGCGUGUGCGUGCGUGUGUUUGUGUGUGUGUGUGUGUUUGUGUGGGAAUUGGUUCUGA